UACUAUACGUUUAUAUUCAGAGCAGAGAAAAACGAGGUUGUGAUGUGAUUUGCCCUGCAGAGGUCUUGGUUUGGAGAUGUUGGAAUCCUUGACAUGUGAGUAAAUAUCCAAUGUCUUGUUUCCUCUGCUGACAAACUGUUGAGACGGUGGCAGCAUGGCAGAGAGUGAGGCAUGAAUAAAAUCAUCAGAUACGGCCACAAAUGUGUCUGGAUCUUAGCAACGAUGGAACCGAUGACAUCACAACAGCUGAGGGUGGAAUGACUGAUGGUUUGUGUUAACAACCAAAACCUGGCCUUGUUUUGUUUUAUGACCCCAUUUUAAGUCCUUUUUAUGCCAUGAGGAAUAAAAGAGGGUGUGACUCAAACGUAGUGCGUCAGACAGUACGCUUCCAACGUUUGGCAAACAGACGUGACGGUAAACUGACAUUCCUCGGCUAUAAGCCCGGCCUCCUCGGCAUAAGAAGCAGACACAGCAGCCAGUGACGGCUCUCGUCAUGAGACAAUUUGCUCUGGUGUGUUUGUCCUCUCAGGUUUCAGGACUCAUCUGGUAUCCUGCAGUUGGUUUUUCUUCAUAGACACUUGGCGUUGAUGGAUGCACUCGGUGCAGCUGUGGCAUUCCCCACUGCGCCAUAAAGACAGGCCUCUUAUCGCCUGAAGAAUGAACACAGACAGCCACCAGGAAGUUUCUCCGCAAGACCAGGAGACAGAGUUUGACGGUCCACCUUUGCAAAAGCAGAAGAGGAUCGUCUACUUCUCCAGUGGUGAAAGUCUGGAGCUGGAGGACUCUGAAGAAGAUGAAGCAGAGGAGCAGAAGUCACACAGAACCCCCUUUGAAGAGCCAACGGGGAGGGGCCGGCUGUCGUUCAAGAAUGUUGCCAUUCUAGUUGGGAGGAUGUCACUGCUGGCUUGUGAUUUCCUUGGAAAGAGACUGGCCGGCGCUCUUGGGCUGAAUGGAGCCAAAUAUCAAUACGCUGUGGAUCGAUAUUACCGUGAGCAGAAGAUUACAGGUCAUCAUGUGGAGGAGCAGGCAGAGAACGCUCACCUUUCCUCUGGGCUAGAAGGGAGUCACUAUGGAGCCACGGGAGGCGCAAGCAGACCCCCUGAUCCUAGUGAGAGCCGUGAUGACAAACAUGGAGAUAAACACAAAGGAUGCCAAAACAGAGCCUAUCAACGUGACGAGGAUAACUAGUUGUAAAGCUGAAGAACUGAAAAUAGAGAGGAAUGUGAAAACCUGAUGUGCAAUAUGGAUUUCUGUUUGAUGCUUUAAUUAUAGCAAAUGUGUUUUGAGAGAAAGCAAAGACACUGAGGAAACUGAUGUAGGUGGCAGAACUGCAUAAAACACAUUCCUACGGUUCUGGAGAUACCAGAGGAAAUGCUGCCGAGUCCAAUGUUUUCUCUGUGUGAAAAGGAGUAAAAGGAAAAAAUGGUGCAGAUCUACCCCUCCCCAACCUAUUGCUGAACGCAGCUGGCAACAGUAGGACUACUUCCGCUUUUUUAAUGCAGAAGAAAAAGACAAAUUAAUCAUGUGAAAUUAAAAAUAUGAGUAUGUUAAUAGCUGACUGUAGGCAGGCUACCUCGGCAGAUUGCCUGACUAAUCAUUCAGCUAAUAUCAGCAUAUUAUGCACAGUGAGCAUUUGAAACUUCUUCUAUAUUUAGCCAGAUUUAUUCUGUAUUUUUGCAUAAGUCUGUAUAUUUAUUGAUUCUCGAGAAGAGGGACAGAACAUGUCUGCUGUAUGAAGUACAUACUUUGAAUAAAAUAUAUUCAAAAUA